UCGCUGGGCCGGAGGAAAAAAAAAGGAAGCCUAAAAUAAUAAUAAAAAAACGCCCCGUGACGCAAUCACGCAACCGAACGUGGGCGAGUGAAUGAGGGAAGGAGGGAGGGAGCGCUCCAGCCGAGAGGAGGGAGGGUGGUUGUCCUCGUCACGUGAACGGAGCGGCUCUCGUUGCCUCCUCGUCCCCUCAGUCCGCGCCGCCCGCCUCAUGCCGACCCCUCUCCUCGCCGCCGCCGCCGCCUGAGCCGCCUCAGCCUCCACCUGUCCCAAAGCCAACCUUGCCUCAAGGCAGGCCAAGCUCAGCUACGCCAGGCCAGGCCAGGCCAAGACGCCGCCGCCGGUCUGUCACGUCCGUGUCCGCCUGUCAGGAGAGGCUCCUCGCCGAGCGUCGCCUGCCUUUCCCUCUUUUCUUUUUUUAAUUUUUUUUCCCGCCCCUUCGCUGCGUCCCUCGGCCGGAGCCCUUGAUGUGGUUCGGGGCCCAGCGGGGACAAGAUGCCGCCGUCCAAGUCCCGUAAGAUCGCGAUCCUGGGCUACCGGAGCGUCGGGAAGUCAUCUUUGACUAUUCAGUUUGUUGAAGGCCAGUUUGUUGAUUCAUAUGACCCCACUAUAGAGAACACGUUCACAAAGCUGAUUACAGUAAAUGGACAAGAAUAUCACCUUCAAGUAGUUGACCCAGCUGGGCAGGAUGAAUAUUCAAUAUUUCCUCAGACAUACUCCGUAGACAUUAACGGCUACAUUCUUGUUUACUCAGUCACAUCAAUAAAAAGUUUUGAAGUGAUUAAAGUUAUCCAUGGCAAGUUACUGGAUAUGGUGGGAAAAGUCCAGAUCCCCAUUAUGUUGGUUGGGAAUAAAAAAGACCUACAUAUGGAACGGGUGAUCAGCUAUGAAGAAGGGAAAGCUUUAGCAGAAUCCUGGAAUGCAGCUUUCUUGGAAUCUUCUGCUAAAGAAAACCAGACUGCUGUUGAUGUUUUCCGGAGGAUAAUUUUGGAAGCAGAGAAAAUUGAUGGGGCAUCUUCACAAGGGAAGUCUUCAUGCUCAGUGAUGUGAUUGCGCAGUGGAAGCUAAACCCUGGGAAUGAGUUGUUCUGCCUAAAGAAGCAAACUGCCUGUUCCCCUCACAGUGAAACUACGCUUUUUCUUCUUCUGUUAACCUGAACAAUAUACAGUUGGAGACGUUUCCCUUCAGAUUAUGUUAAACUCUUGACUCCUGUGCAGAAAAAGGCUUCACUUCCAUUUUCAAAUUUUAAGCAAUCAUAUUUUCAAUUUAUAUAUUGUAUUUCUUAACAUUAUGACCAAGAAUUUUACUGGCAUUAAUUUUUCAGUGUAGUUGGGUUAGAAUAAUCAUCCAGAUGAUGCUUAUUGUUACACUACUGUCAUCUAGGCUUAAAUAUCAGUGUUUCUUUGUGUUAAAUGUAUACUUGUAAAUAAAAUAGCUGCAAACCUUU